AUGAACGGCGACGCGGGCCUAGUAGGCUGCCUUGUGGACAGGUUGACCACGAGACUUCCCCACCGCACCGGCACGCCAACCCAGGACCUCUCCCAGGAUGACAUCGUCUCCAUCACCCGCGCCUCGCUGGUCAAGAUCAGCGCCUCCUCCAUCACCCUGAUCCUCGAUGCCCUCCUGACCCUGCUCGAGGAACUCGCCCGGCCAUACAAGACCGUCCAUUCGCACCCACCCCAUGUGCUCCUCUCCGAACUCUACGUCGUCGAGCUCAUCGCCGACUGCUGCGCCAGCAAUUGGUAUCGCAAAGGGUCUAGCGACAAACCGGCCCCUUCCCCCAUACCCGAUGACUCCUUAUCUCCUUCACAGCGAGCCGCUUUCCCCAAUCCUGAACCACUCAGCGAUGUACAGCUCAGGCGCAUGUUCGAGGCCACCAAGGUCCUCUUCGAACCCAUCCCAGAUAAUUACUCGAUCCCGCCCAAGGCGAUACUAGACGAUUCCUCCGCCAAGCACAUAACGACCUCCGGUCUUGAAGAACCCACACGAACGCCGCUCUCGGCCUCGUCCAGUGAGGCUCCGGACACGCGAAACCUCCUCCAAGCCCAUGCGGGCGCCGUCGAAGCAAACGUCAAGCUAAUCGUCGAGUACGUAACGGCGUCGUCAUGGCCCGCCGGUUUUGAAUUCUUCCGGAACAUCAUGUACUUGGCCCGGAACGUACCCCCUCAGGGAGCUGCCGUAGCCCCGAGCCCUACCGCUGCCGAUGACGAGCGAGCCGCGCUUAUCAUGCUGCGCCUCGUCUCGUUCUUUUGGGCCGACAGCCAGAAACUGAGUCUCGUCGUGCAAGAGCUCUGCUCCAGCUUCCUGCACUACCGCAAGUCCUUCCAGAACACCAUCGCCGUCGUCAUGCCCCAGAUCAUCACCCGCUGGUUGGACAGGUACCCAGACGAGUUUGUCCAACUGCACUCCAUGAGCAGUCCUAAGCGCCGCGAUAAUUCACCAGAUACCCUGUUCGACAUGACGCUGACGAUCGGCGAUAACGGACGCCGAAAGGGCAUGUUUCCGAUGCAGAUGACGCUGCUGUUUCUCCAACCCGAUGUCUUUGAAGUGGCCAGCAACAUGCGCGAGUCCAAGGGGGCCAGCAUCGCCAAGAAGGUACAGUUUCUAGACGGGCUCAGAAAGGCGCUCAGGAACCGCAACGAACAAGCCGCGUUUUGUCUAGUGCUGCUUCUCAGGGCCGCGCGGCACUUUGAUGCCGAGAGCGACUCGGCGCUGAUGAGCUACGCCAUGGAUGUGCAGGACGAGGUGCGGGAUGCCGUGUUCCGGCGGUUCACACCCGGCGCAGAGGCCGUGUUGUACGAGCAGGACAUCAUGACAGCCGCCUUCGUGUCGCUGUUGCAUCUCAAUUUUGAACACUCGGUCGAGUCGCUCGCAGUGUCCUGUCUCUCCUCCUCGGCGCCGCACAGCUUCAAGAUUGCCGUCGUCCAGGCGUGUGCCCACUUUGCGCGCUUGGAGAACAACCAAAAGUACCAGCCCCUUUUCAGCACCGUGAGUGCCUUCAUUCAGGGCAAAUUGCAGGCCAUGGCCUCCCUCCUCGCCGAUGGGUACAUCGAAGACCACAGCGCCCAGCGCAACGCUGUGGAGAGCCCCCCGUCUAUCAGCAUGGUGUGCAAUAUCCUCGGCUUCCUCGACGCCUCGCCCAUGACCCUUUUUGAGGGCCCGCCCGCGGACAAGGAUGAGCGCGACCAGUUCUACGAGGAGAACCUGGGCGCACUCAUCUCGUGCAUCAUCGCCGCUGAUGAAUCCGUCAGGCGACUGGCGACGGGCGUCGCCAAACGCUUGUUUGCGAAGGAAAAGGUUCUUGCGAACUUGAGGUCGUCUGAGGGACUCGGGACGAAGGCGUUUAAAACAAAGUUUUGGAGGUUGACGUCGCUUAUUCUCAUCUCCAUCUGUGACAAGGCGAGACUGCCCUGCACCGCCGAAGCUCUCAAGUCUAUCAAUGGGUACCUUGAAUCAAGGCUACUUUUGCUGACGUCGAUCCCGGAGUUGGGCCAAACCUCCGACGACAUAUCCGAGCGUACUGCCGCAUCUAGCAAGCUGGAGAAACUAUUUCUCGUCUCGCUUUGUUCGGCGGACAUGGAAGCCUGCCAAACCGUCAUCUCCUGCAUCAGCACCUUCCUCGACGAGUGCCGCCUCAUCGACACCGCUCCAGCGACGGCAAAGUCAUCACUAACUCUUCUCCGUAAUGGCGAAAUCUUCGGCGAGAUCUCAUCGCGUGACUUCAGGUUCACCGGGAUUGUGGCAUUCCAAAAGAGGGUUAGGGCUCUCCUCAGGCGCAUGCAAUACCCCAGCGCCGGCAUACUCGACGCCUGGGAGUUCGUUUUCGACAAGUGGCUGCAACUGUCCAUGGAGAUUUCACAAGCAGGCGCUGGCCAAGCUGUCACAGAGAGGAUGGUGGCCGAGUGGCGGAACUAUUCGGGUUUCCUCGCCUCGCUUGGAGGCAUCUGUACGGCCGAGCAGGCUACCAACCUCGAGGAGCCUGCUAUCAGCGGGCUAAAAUGGAUCGACCGGCUGUCGUCCGGGAACCACGAAGAACCGCUCCUAACGCGCUAUCUCAGGCUGAGCAUCCAGCUGCUGGCGUGCGCCAACGUCCGGGUCCGCGAGACCAUGAGGGAGGUCCUCUCCUCCGAGGUGCCGCCAUCCCUAUUCCAGCCCCUGUUCAAGGCGCUCGAGACGGAGCUCGACGUGCUCUUCGCCGGUGCCCUUGAGCCGAGCGUCAAGGGUCAGGACAACGAUAUCAUUUUUGCGGAGCAGUCUUCCUCGCUCCUAAAGGUCCUCGUCGAGCGACUCGACACGCCGUCGGAUUUGGGCGCCGCAUCGACCCUCCACCUGGGCGCCCUCUGUCUCAACUUUGCCAAAAGUCUUGACGGCGUCGCCGAGACACCCAACAGCCUCCGCGUGAAGAUCAAGAUUUGCCAACUCGUCGAAGCAGUGACCAAACGCAAAGAGCAGCUCAACCUGCGCGACGACGUGCGUAUCCGCAACCAGCUGCUCGAGUACAUCUUCCGUUGGAUCGCCCGGCCACGCUCGCCCCGCGAUUCCGCGCCGCAUGCCGGCGGCCGCCAGGACGAGAUGCUCCGCGUCCAGCGCGAUCUCGACAAAGCCUGUCUCCGCUCCCUUUCCACACUCACUUUCAGGUUGCCCCUCCAGCCGGGCGACGGGCAGACUGACGUCGGCACCAGCGAGCUCAAGUCCCAAAUGUUCCACCAAUACUUCAACCGUUUCCUGUCUCUCCUCAACAUAGACUCCAAUGGGCCAGAUUUAGGCCGCGUGGGGGAGCACCAUGGCUACCACGGCAAUCAUUAUUUUGGUUCCACUGGCAGCGGGGGCACGGCCACGUCGGAGGCAUCGACGUCGGAUCUGGCCAUCACGAUCCUGUCCAAUCUCCUCAGCGCUAAUAUCGAUGUCGGCCUCAAACACUCGCUGAGCAUAGGGUACCACGAGAAUCCCGACAUUCGGACCGCAUUUGUCAGAGUGUUGUACAAUAUCCUUGUUCAAGGGACAGAGUUCAACAACCUGAGCGAUGCGGCUGUGAACGAGAAGUAUGAUAAGCUGUUGGAUCUUCUUGCGAGUGAUCCGAGCUUGGCCGCAGCCAUGAGCGCCGUCUGUCCCAGUCAUGAGGUGGAUGAGCUCACCAUCUCAUUGCUGAAUAUCUAUGAGGCGAGAGGAUCAAGUUACGUGCUUCUUGAGGCUCUUAUAAAACAGGAAAUCGAGGAAACAGAUAACGAGUCUGAGCUCCUCCGCCGAACGUGCGUGGCCACCAAGAUGUUGACCAUCUUUGCCAAGUGGAAGGGCGUCGGCUACCUCAAGGACACGCUGCAGAACGUCGUUGAGCGGCUUAUGAUGACGUCUAAAGACCUAAGUCUGGAGCUUGACCCGGCUAGGGUUAGCUCUCCUGAGGAACUGCAGACCAACGCGAACAAUCUGCAAAUAGUCGCGCGGGUAUUUAUCGACAAUAUCUGCGGCUCGUCGUCGAGCAUCCCGGCCUCGUUUCGCCAGAUUUGCAGUAUCAUCUCAGAAGCGGUUGUGGAGAGGUUUCCUGACGCCAAAUACACCGCCGUCGGGGCGUUCAUCUUCCUGCGCUUCUUUUGCCCGGCGAUUGUCGCCCCUGAGGCCGAAGGCCUGGUGGCAACGCCGCCUUCUAAAGAGAUGCGCCGUGGGCUGCUGCUCAUCGCCAAAGUCAUCCAGAACCUGGCAAAUAACGUUCUGUUUGGCGCCAAGGAGCCGUACAUGUUUCCGUUGAUUGACUUCCUGACUAAUAAUAUCUACAAAGUCACGACAUUCUUGCGGGAGAUCUCGGUUCCGCCAACUGCCGUGGAUACGACUGAUCGGGGCGAGUCGUUCGAAUUUGGCUCUUGCGUGGCCCUCCACAGGUUUCUGUACGAGCAUUGGGACCACGUGCGCCAGCGGCUGGCCUCCAAAGAGAAGAGAGAGUUUGUGCGAUCGCCGGCCGAGUCGACGAGGAGUCGGACGCCCGCGAUUGAGCCGCUAAGAAACCUCAUCAUGAACCUGGGGCCACCGCCUCUGGCCGUGACGUGGAACCGACCGCAGAUCUCGGGUAACAGCCCGCCGUCUUACUCCAGGUUCCAGGACUUCAUGCUUCGAAACGCUUUUCGGAGCGCCGAGUCGUUCCUCACCGCCCGCGCCGUUUACGACGGUGGUGAGAGCAAGGACGGACUGUCCAUUAUCUGCAUCAUUCUACGCAACAUCGACGGCGAGUCUAUCGACUAUGACACUCUGAUUUACUGCUACCUCAAGAUUGCCAGCCGGCUGUGGCACAGGCCUUUUGGUCUUCUCAUCGAUUCAACGUACUACAGCGGGCAGAAUGAGCCCAAGGACGAGUUGUUCCACAAGCUUGAACUACUCACGCCACGAGAACUCUCCAGGCAACUCACGCGCAUAUACGUCUACAACAUGAAUAGCGCGUCGAAGAAGUGCCUGAGGCGGAUCCUCCGAGUUUCCGCCAAAAGCGAGACGAGCGUGUUCAGCCCGGCGAACGUGCAGUACAAUCUCAUUGGGAGCCUGCAAGACCUGCAGGCCCACUUCCAUCUCAGCCAGUUGCAUCUUCCUAAGGAGACCAUCAGCGUGGUGACGGACACGCGCUACGUGUUCCAUCCGAUCACUAGGCUAUCGAAGUCCAAGGGCAAGGUUGACGUUAUCAUUAAGGUUGGCAGUCAGUUUGUACAGGUCACCACGACUAAAAAACAGGAAGUACCCGGCUUGCGCAUGAGCACGACGGUCAACGACAUCUUCCGGCUCGGCGAUGUCGACGAAGCGCCCACCUCAAUCCAAACAGAGGAUGACUCGGCGUUCGGUCUCAGGGCCGACAACGGCAAGAUCGUCAUGUACUUCACCAGCUCCAGAAAGGCCGAUAUCUUACAGGCCAUCCGCGCCGCAAAGACCAAAUACGCCAAGGACACGAGGGCGACAAAGUCGUUUGAGCGUCUGAUCCGGCCGCAGGACGUCCCGGGGACACUGCUAAAUCUGGCCCUGACAAAUCUUGCCACUCCCGAUCCCGUCUUGAGGCUGUCGUCGUAUAACCUGCUCAGUGCGCUGUGCAAGGCGUUCAAGUUCACGGCCGCGUCCAAGCUCAUGAGCACUAGGGAGAUCUCCGUGCCGAUGGACCCGUCGCAGUUCAUCAUCAAGAUCAGCAAGAGCUUGGCCCAGACCGAACCGCAGCUGACGGCGGAUUUUCUGAAUGAGUUCUUCGUUGGGUGGGAUAGCUUCUUGGACGAGCAAAAGCCCCUGAGCUUGGCGUACAUGGCGCCCUGGAUCCCUGGGCUGCGGACGUCUCUCCUGGCGGGCGAGGUCGAGAGCGACAAGGCGAGGGAAAAGAUUGCCGCCUUGUUCAGGAAGCUGAUUGAUGUCGCACUGUCGGACUUGACGCUCACGUUUGCGCUGGAACAGUCGGUUUGGCCGGUCAUUUACCAGGAUGAAGUCCUGCUGGAUAUCUUCCUCGAGGAGAUCAUCAAAGCGGCCCUCGCCCACGGGUUCGAGGAUGACCAGACCGAGACGUUGACUUCGAUCGCCAACGCCAUCGGCACGAUCACCCUGAGGGGCAAGGUCAUCUCACGUCUGCGGAAAGCGCUCAAUCGGUCGUCGUUGCGGCCGACCAAGUCGCUGCCCGACAAUGCGGUGUGGAACGAGAUCUGCGUGCUGCUGCAGUUCUGUCUGGCGCUGUCGUUCGACAGCGGCGUGCAGGCCCAGACGUACAUGCCGGAGAUCUUCCACGCCGUCACGAUGCUUGCGAACACGGGCAUGCCGGACGUCAGAGUGGUCGUCCACCGGCUGCUCAUCAACACGGUCCACUCGGCGUGCACCUCCUUUGCGCUCGACGAGGACAGGCUUACCAAGCUGAGAGCAACACUCGAGACGCUGUCGGACCCGAAGAAUGACAUCUUUGUCAACUCGGUCACCUUCAUGCGCGAUGGCGCAUCCAUCUCGACGAACCAGGAGGCCGGCCCGACGCUGGCCGCGACGGAGAACCUGGCUACGAUUCUGUUCGAGACGUGCGCCGUUGCAGCGCCGUCGGUCGAUAUGGCCAACGUCUGGCGCUCGAGGUGGAUGAGCCUGGUCGCGAGCACGGCCUUCCAGAACAACCCCGCCAUCCAGCCCCGUGCGUUUACCGUCAUGGGCUGCCUCGCGCGCGAGGAGGUUGACGAUGACCUGCUGUACCAGGUUCUUGUUGCGCUGCGCAAUAGUGUGGGCCGCUUCGGCGAGGACAGCAACAGCGACAUGCUCGUCGCCAUCGUCACCUCUCUAUCCAAGAUGAUGGCCAAGUUGCCGUCGGCCUCCCGCUACGGUCUGCAACUCUUCUGGCUCGCCAUCUCGCUGCUGCGGCUGGUGCCGUCCAACCUGUUCAACUGCACCGCCAUGUUCCUCGAGGCGGUGCUCACCAACAUCAGCACGACCGGCGACAUGCGCGGCGGCGGCGACAAGGUGGUGCCGUACCUGCUGCAGGGCCGGAACCAGCUCGAGGAUGCGGCUCUACCGUUGGAUGACGCCUACGGGAUCCACUUCAACAGCGAGAACUUCCACUACGCCGCGUGCGCGUGCCUCGUGAGGGGGCUGACGGAUGGCGUCACCAAGACCACGGCGCUGCGGGUCCUGACCUCGUUCCUGGAAAUGACCAUCCCCAUGAAGACCAACCCCGGCGGCGGCUCGACCAGCCGGGGCGAACGAGACAUCCACGAUCUCGCGGCGUCCCCGUACAUGACGCUCGUCCUGGCGCGCACGGCGUCGAUCGACGAGCUGCGCGAGCACCUGUGGGCGGCGGGCAUCAACGUCAGCCUCUCGGGCGUGUCGGACCCGGCGGCGCUGCGCGCGGAGCAGGACCUGGCGCGGCUCAAGGACAAGGACCUGCUGCUCAACACGGCCGUCGAGCUCGUCGACUUCCAGUACCUCGAGGACGCGGUGCAGAACCGCAGCCUGCAGUGGCUGAACCGCAUUGCGCUGAGCCGGCCGGCGGUCGCGAUGCAUCUCUGCGCCCCCAUCAUCUCCCUGCUCGACGACAUCCUGCUGCACUGCCAGUCGUCGGCGACGCUCGAGUCGGCGCACGUGCUGCUGCAGACGCUCACGUCGAACCCACGCUUCUCGGCCUCGUCCCUCGACGCCUCGGCCGCCGCCCUCAACGACACGCUCGACGACCUCGGCUUCGCGGGCCUCUGGCGCAGCUGCUCCUUCAACCUGGCCCAGGAGCAGCAGGACCGUACGUGCUUUGGGUUGACGGAGAAGUUGAUUGAGGUGAGUUCCUUUACUUUUUUUGGGAGUUUUCUUUUUAUUGAAGGGUGGAGUGGGUGUUGCAUUGGGCGAUCGAACGUGUCUUUGGCUGACUUACUGGGUGUGUUGUAG